AUGGUCAGGCGGAGCGGGAGAAGGAAACGAAAGCCCCUGAGAAAGCAGCUGGACGCCAGGCUCCCGAGCUCGUCUGGGUGUCAGCCCGGGCGAGGCCGCCCAGAGAAGAUGCGGCUCUGGGAACUCCGGUUCUUCUUGCUCGCACUCUUUCUAGCGUGGCUGACUCCACCAGGCAAUGGCAACGAGGGCAGCAUGGCUGGAAGUUGUCCUUGCCAUAGAAGGAUUUCUUCCCACUCCCCUCCGACCGAUCACGACAUGAGACAUCUCCGGAAAUACCUGAACCACUAUCAACACUGUACUUCCUACGUCAGGUUCCAGCUACCCCGUGGGAGUGUAUGUGGAGGCAGCAGUGACCAGUGGGUGCUGAAACUGAUGGGCUGCUUUGAUCGCGGAGAAUGUGGACGUGCUCAUGCCAGAACGGUGGCCCACCAGCAGCAUUUAGCUCCUCCGAACACCCGGGUUCCUGAACUCCCAGAAAGGGCACCUCCAGACAGUAGCACCCCUGCCCAGACGAAUCUGCCAUCCACCCUGCAGCCGACCCAGAAGCCCACGCUUCCAGAAGGCAUGCCGUCCUUGGUCAAAAAGCUCAUCCCCACCAGUGAAACCGACACAUCCACUGUGGGCCACAGUCUGGGGGCUAAGUCCGAGGCCAGGGAGAACCAGGAGCAGCUAGGAAAAAAUGUGGGUGCUACAGCUGGAACAUCAGCCUUGGUGCCAGUGCUGUCCCUCUUGGUCAUCAUUUUCCUUCUCACCGGAGUCCUACUUUACGUGAUGUGCAAGAGGAGGCGGGAGCAGUCAUGUCAGUACCCUCCAGGUAAACUGGGCCUCUCAUCCCUCCUCCAGGGACCCAGAGCCCUCCUGGCAAGGAUCCUGUCCCUGGUAGCUCCAGGCAGACAAACAUGGAGGCUGUCUGCACCGUGGAUGAAAGGCCAGGAGGGAAGAGUCAGCCAGACCGCGGAUGGGGAGGGAGGGAAGCCACCAUAGCCUCAGGGACCAGUGCUCGGCCUUCAAAGCCAGGCUGUGCUUAGAGCAACAUCAGGAGGGCAGCUGGGGGUGCUCCUUGGUGGCCUAGCAGUUAAAGGAUUUGGCGUUGUUACCACUAUGGCGUGGGUUCAGUUCCUCGCCUGGGAACUUCUGCAUGCUGCGAUUGUGGCCAAAAAAAAAACCAACCAA